UAGGCAAUUGCCCUGCCUACUCCAGGAAUAGAAAGCAAACGAUUGGAGGACGAUUACUCACUAGACCGUUAGUUCAUCCAAUUGAAUCGAGUGAUUCAGAAUUGCAUUUACAGCAAAAUGGAGAGUUCGUAAAAUCAGCCAAUAUGAUUGCGGAAGAGGCGCGGUUAGCUGUCAAAGCAGGUUCAUCCUGUGCUUCCUCAGGAUUUCCACCUGGUUGGACAGGACAGAUUUAACGAAACUUGGCGAAAUGUUGAGUUUGGGUAGCGGGGCCGGGAAAUCUGCAAAGCCGUCGUUUGUGUCCUAUGUCACUCCAGAGGAAAUAAAAAUAACCGAGAAAGAAGCUUCAAGAAAAGAGAAACAUCCUGACUUGUUGCCAGGCGAGGUCGUGUUCUGCAGCGCCAACCCCAUCCUGAAGUACACGCAGGAUGACCUGUCCCAGCGCGGCGUCUUCGGGACGCUGCUCUGCACCAACUUCCGCAUCUCUUUCAUCAGCGACGAAGAGCCGGUCGAGGAGGCUCAGCUGUUCAAGAAUAAGCUCUAUGAAGAAAACGACAUCCCCCUUACAUGUGUGGAUCACAUCUAUGGAGGCAACGACGAGAAGAAGAAGCUGAUCACGGGCGGGCUGGUGAAGAACAAGUACCCGUCCAAGAUCAUCAUUCACUGUAAAGACCUGCGGGUUUUCCAGUUCUCCCUGACGUAUGCUAAAGAAGAGGAAGCUAGGAAGAUCUUCCAAGGCAUCGUCCACCACAGCCUGGAGCCCAAGUCAUUGAAAUGCAUCUUUGCCUUUUCCUAUUGUGAGAAAACAAUGCCAGCUCCUGCCGUAGAGAGGACGUACAGAACGCUUAUGUUUGACUCUGCCGAGGACUGGACCCAGGAAAUGAAACGAACCAAAGGGAACUGCAGAGUCAUCUCGGCCAAUGAGAACUUCGGCCUUUCUCCAAAGUUACCCCAGUUUUUCAUCAUCCCUACGGCUGUUCUAGAUGAGGAUUUAGCGAAAUUCCAAGGAAAGGGAGUACCUAUUUGGUGCUGGUCCCACCACAGUGGCUGUGCCCUGUUCAAAACGGCCUCCUUACCGCUGGUUCAAGACGAUGGUUUAUCCCAGACAUACAAGAUCUACACUGAGAGAAUGCUCAAUGCUGUAGCACAGACUCACCUUUACUCUUUGAAAACGGAAGAGCUCUUGGACACUCUUCCAACCACUCAGGACAUCCAGCAGUCCUACAGCAGGUUCAAACAGUUCUUCCUCAUUGAUAACACUACUGAAUUUUGGAUGUCAGAUGUGAAAUGGUUCUCAUCACUGGAAAGUUCGGGAUGGCUAGACAUCAUCAGACAAUGUCUCCAGAAAGCUGUUGAGGUAGUUGAAUGCCUGGAAAAGGAAAAUACAAAUGUUCUUAUAAUGGAGGAGAGCGGCUCGGACCUGUGCUGCGUGAUCUCCAGCCUGGUGCAGCUGAUGCUGGACCCUCACUACCGGACCCUGGGGGGCUUCCAGAGCCUGGUGCAGAAGGAGUGGGUCGCCGGGGGCCACGGCUUCCUGGACCGCUGCAACCACCUGCACCAGAAGGACAAAGAGUCCCAGUCUCCGGUCUUCCUGCUGUUCCUGGAGUGCGUGUGGCAGCUCCUGCAGCAGCACAUACCUGCGUUCCAGUUCUCCGAGACCUACCUGACGGUGCUCUCCGAUAGCCUCUACGUCCCGGUCUUCAGCACCUUCCUCUUCAACUCCCCCUACCACAGAGCCACCAUGGAGAAGGCCGAGUCUCCCCAAGCACAAAGGGGCCCAUUGACCUGUCCCUCCGUCUGGGACUGGUCGCUCCAGUUCGAGCGCAGGGCCCAGGACAUCUUCACUAACCCUCUGUACGCCGAGAAGCCCAAGCAGGACAAAUCGCUCAGGAAACCCUAUCGGCCAAAGCACCAAAGGCAGCUGUCCCUGCCCAGCUCGGCCUUCAAGACCACCCCGAAGAAGGGCUUCUUCAAGGACGAGACGGACAGCCUGAAGAAGAUGCUGCGGGUGAAGCGGAUCAGCCGCUGGCUCCACUCCCCGGACUCGGCCCAGGCCUCCACGCGCGAGUUCUACGAGGCCUGGCAGCGCAAGCCGCCGGACCACCACGGCCUGGUGCUGCCGGGCCUGGAGGGGCCCUGCGUGCGCGUCUGGCUGCAGCGCUACCUGCGCUGGGUCCCCGAGGCGCAGAUCUUCGGCGGCGGGGCCAUCGCCGUCACCAGCAAGCUGGCCGACCUGGCUGGGGAGGUGCAGGAGCUCCGGAGGGAGCUGGACCGCCGGGGGGCCUGCCGGACGGACUCCAACCACCGGAGGGCGUCGGCGAGCGGCGGCGGCAGGAGGUCGUCGGUCCGCCUGUCCUCGGCCUUCCCCUUCGCCGCGUCCCGCGCCUGGUCCUCCAAACCGGCAAUCCCUACCAGCAUGCUCCAGAGCCUCAUGAUCUCGGGCAGCAUGGCGGACCAGGACGACGAGGACUGCGAGACCCUGGGUGUGGUCUGAGGCUCUGCCCCGUUCGCCACCUGCGGGGAUUUUGACCAAUCGUGUCGGGCUUGUGAAUGUGAAUCCGCGGCACUGCAAAACCUCAAAUUCACUGGUCGUCGUUUUUUGGGCCAAUCGCAUUUAGCAGGUGCCAUUUUAGUCGCACUGAUUGGACGCUGUAUUGUGAAUCUGUGACUGUCCGAUUUCCAGUGCAAUUUCAAUGGCCUUGUGUAUUUGAAUUACAUUAUGCAAUUUACACUCUACUGUACAAAUAUGUGUAGUUUGCACCAAGACCCUUUUAAAGACUGUUGCAAACUUAAAGAAGCGCUCCACCAAAAAUAUGAUUAUUGUGCUGUAUUUUAUUCUACCCCAAAAAUCUUUUGCAUCCCUUCUGUAAAGUUUAGAAAUUAUUGCAGUACUUCUGGAACAGGUGGCAAGUGUGCAUGGCCAGCCUUGAGAAACAUGUUUACAAAUGAAAGAUCUGGCCCUUUUCCAAAGUAAAACUAUGCGUGUUGAAUUGUCAUAGGACAUCACAGAAGAGUAAGGAAUUACUGCAUCGUAACAAAGUACUUAUCCUUGAUAUAAAUAAUUAGAUCUACACUGAAAAAUGUGUGUCUGGGUAAAAUUGCUAUUUUUAUGGCAUGCGUGUGUCUGCGCCACUGGGAUAGUUUCAGAGCACUUUCCUUUUGAUAAGAGCCAACGUAUGAAUCUUGUAUGAUGAAAUGAAUGGUUUGCAAAUCAAUGUUUUGUUUUAUAUUUAACGAGACUCUUGCUCUCCCUUUACUGUUGCAGUAAGGUUGCAUUUGGAUAUCACCGGUUCUCACAGGUGAUGUCUGAUUAGAUUCAGGGUUAUACUUAUUUGACUGAAACAGGCUGAAGCUUGAUUUCCUUUACGGCUGCAUCUCUGAAAGCUAACAGGAAUGUGCACCGCUGCCUUUUCCAAACAGAGGAGCAGUUAGCGCGACAGUGGCUAGCAUUUACAUUUCAAAUAAGCGCACAGCCUCUGCUAACACUGUGGAGUUCACAGCCAGAGAAAAUGAUCACUUGGCACUAUGCACAAGGUAGAGUCAUACUUUUAAACAUAGUUGACGUAACUGUUUGUUUUUCUUCACUUAACUGUUUUCCUUAAAAAAAAAAAAGUAAUGUCUUUUUUUAUCAUGUGUUAAUAAUGUAUAGUUAUGUUAAUUAUAGAUUUAAUUAAGGAGUAGUUCCAGGUUCAAAUGUUUUCUCACCUAAAUUUUCUUGAAUGCUAGUUGAUUUUAAGUCUUUGCUUGAUAGAUACUGUAAUUAUAUUGCGCAAGAGGUUGCCUUUGGAGAAUAUACAAUUGGGAUGUUGUAUCAGAUAACGUACAUAUACAUUAUGCAUAGACAUUAUUUUAUUUGAGAACAGGUAUUUAAGUAUUUGCUUCUCCUACUGGUCAAUAUAUACAUACAAUACAAGUAUUUCAGUAACAAUCCUUGAGAUGUUGACUGCACAGUAAGCAACAAUUAGGAUAUCUUGCAGUGUGACUGUGUAUGUGAUGUCCAAGUUCAAAACUUGGUAUUGAAAGGAAUUAUUGUUAAAUUAAUGCUUUGACCGAAAUGGAUUUUGAUGCUCAGUUUUUCAUAGGUGAUCAAUUGGAAUUUAAUAUGAAAGGUGACUUAACUAAAGGGAAAAUAUUUAUAGUACCAGGAAACUAGAUUGUGCAUUGUGGAUUAGAGUGAUUUCUUCAGCACCCCCUGCUGGCAGAAUGGGGAACUGUUUAAAAGGAGGAAACACAUUUCCCUCUGAUAAGCCUGAUACAAAAAUGAAACAAGACAAUUUAGGAACUAACAGCUGCCCAACAUAGAUAAGUGUCCAUACACCAUAUACAUGCAAUUGGAGUUAAAUCUGGUGUUAAAUUAAUUUUCUAGCAUUUUUGAAAAUAGUAAGUGUCAGCAAAAUUGUGAAAUUAAUGGAAAUACCUUCCUCAGAAUUAGGAUUUGGAUAUAGUCAUUCGGGUGCAUGUAAUUUGUCUUAACAGAAACAGAACUGUUUUUACUCAGGGGCCUGACAAGCAUAAAUUGAGAGAAGCGUGUGCAAACACAAUGCUAUACUUCAAACAUAGUCUUCAUUGCAUUUGAGUAAUAUUUUUUUAGUUCAUUGUUGGAUCUAAAAUGAUAAUAUAAAAAUAUAGCAUAGUGUAAAACCAACUGCAUUAUUUGGAAUUGUCUGUUUUUAUGAACCAGACUUCGAUCGUCACCAAAUCAUUUUUUAAAUGUAUAUCACACAGGUGCACCUGCAUUAGCAGUGCUGGUGUGCUUAGACAUUUGUAGUGGAGAGUGCUUCUGCAGUGUUUUGUACAUACAGCUGUGUGACAUGCCAUACAUGCUUUCAGUGUUGUGUGUGAGGUGUCCAUACUUUCUCUUACAGCUACUUCUGUAACCCUGUUUGAAUCAGUAUGAAUUACAAAAUCAAAAUGUUGAAAGCUCACUUUGCCAUAGAGAUAAUAUAUUCAUAUAUCGAAAGUAAUUUGAAAUAGUUUUAUGAGUUUGCGAUCAUGUUGUGUUUUCCAUUAAAAUCUUCCAUUAUUUUUGCCUGUAUUACACGUUAAUGCAAUCCUGAAAACCAAUGUUAGUAAUUUUUGCAGUGCCUACCAUAAAUAUGCAAUGUUGUCAUGAAUAUGGCAUUAUAAACCUGUAUAUAUAAUAACAUGAGGGGCCCUAUUAAUAAGCUUUGUUACUCUGUUAUUCUUAUGCAGUAAUGUUUAAUGCUACCAGUUCAAAAAACGAGUAUAAUUCAAAUGAAAGAGCCUUAAGCUUAUGAGAGCACUGAAACAAAUAAGGGUGUUAAGGUAAUUUUAUUUGCUACUGAGAUAAAGAUAAGUUGGUAUAUAUUUUCUUAAAUGCAUUUUUAUAUUUUCUGUGCACUACUGUUCUCUUUUAACCGCAAGACACUGAAAUUUAGAUUUAAAUGUAGUAACUGCAUACUGUAACACUGAUGCUGUUAAAUGAAGAAAAUGAAUGUUUGGUUGAUAUUCAAGUUGGUGGAGGUGGGUAAUUUAACUUUUCCUUUUCUUUUUGGUCCUACUUAGGUUCCUGAUGUCUUGUGUUUAUUAAAUAUUGCUUAAUUAA